CGUCAUCGACUGUGUGACAGCUCAUCCAAGAGCGGGGAUCGGCCGAUCACCCGCUCAAAAUCUGAAAAAUUUUGUGAUACUGAUUAACGUGGGAUGGGUGAUUCCUUGGACAGCUCCGGGGAUCCAUCCCCGGAGUCUCAGAUUAUUAUAGUCGUAGAUUAUUGGGCGUUUGCUAAUUAUUUGAAAAAGAUCGUAACGGUCCUUCUACCUGAUGAAGAUGUGGUACAAUCCCCAUUCGAUUCCGCUCUUGAAAAUACAACCAAUCAAGAAUGUAUAAAAAAAUUCUUAAGUGACCCACAAGUAUGGGCUCUUUCUAUACAGAGGAGUGCUACUAAAGAGGAAGAUAACAAUGAAGCUGAUGAAGAAAAAGAAAAUGUUGUUUUCUAUAUUUCGAAUGAAAUACAUUUCACUAGUCCAAAAAUGGCCUCCUUAGUUUUAACAAAACGUGCAGCAGUAGUCGAAGCUGAUAAGAGUAUCCAUUCACAGUUACAUUUAGUUACUUUCUCUGAUGGACCACCAUAUGAAACAUUGCAUGCAAUAAGUAAAACUAUGGCUCCAUAUUUUAAAAGCUAUGUGAAAGAAACAGGUCGUGCAGAUAGAGAUGGUGAUAAAAUGGCACCAUCUGUAGAAAAGAAAAUAGCGGAAUUAGAAAUGGGUUUAUUGCAUUUGCAACAAAAUAUAGAUAUACCCGAAAUUUCAUUACAAAUUCAUCCUGUCGUUGCACAAGUAAUUAAACAAUGUGCAGAAGAAAAUCGUAAACCCAAAGUUGCCGACUUUGGUGAUAAGGUUGAAGAUUCGACAUUUCUGAAUCAAUUACAAAAUGGUGUCAAUAGAUGGAUAAAGGAAAUUCAAAAGGUUACCAAACUAAAUCGUGACCCAGAAUCAGGUACUGCUCUGCAAGAAAUUUCCUUCUGGCUAAAUUUAGAAAGAGCAUUACAUCGAAUACAAGAAAAACGAGAGAGCAUAGAAAUAUCUUUGACUCUUGAUAUACUUAAGCAUGGAAAAAGAUUCCAUGCAACUGUUAGCUUUGACACAGAUACUGGCCUACAGCAAGCUUUAGCUACUGUCAAUGAUUAUAACCCAUUGAUGAAAGAUUUUCCAAUCAAUGAUUUAUUAUCAGCUACAGAACUUAGGAGAAUACGUACCAGUGUUAACAAAAUUUUUAUGCACCUGAGAAAAAUAAGAAGCACAAAAUAUCCUAUUCAGAGGGUAUUAAGAUUGAUAGAAGCUAUUUCCAGAGAUUUGGGACAACAACUUCUUAAGGUGCUAGGCACAAGAAGAUUGAUGCACAUUCCAUUUAAUGAAUUUGAAAAAGUUAUGAGCCAGUGUUUUGAAGUAUUUAAUACCUGGGAUGACGAGUAUGAAAAAUUAACUGGACUGUUAAGAGAUAUCGUUAAGAAAAAACGUGAUGAACACAUGAAAAUGGUAUGGAGGGUUUCACCAGCACAUAAAAAAUUACAAACCAAAAUGGAACAUAUGCGACACUUCCGUCGACAACAUGAACAAUUGAGAACAGUUAUUGUUCGCGUACUUAGACCUACUGUUCGACAAAAUAAUAAUAAUGCUACAAUAGAGAAUCCAGAUAAUGAUAAUGUGAAAGUUGAAUUUGCUUUAGAUACAGCGGAUACAAACACUAUCAGCGAAGUGAAUUUAGCAUACGAGAAUGUAAAAGAGAUAGAUUGUCUUGAUAUUACUAAAGAAGGUCUAGAAUCUUGGAAAGCUGCUGUUCAUAGGUAUGAAGAACGUAUUGAAAGAGUCGAAGCAAGAAUUACAGCACAUCUCCGAGAUCAGUUGGGUACAGCAAAAAAUGCUAAUGAAAUGUUCAGAAUUUUUUCUCGUUUUAAUGCACUUUUCGUAAGACCGCAUAUUCGAGGGGCUAUCAGAGAGUAUCAGACACAGUUGAUUCAAAGAGUAAAAGAUGAUAUUGAAGCUCUACAUGAAAAAUUUAAAGUCCAAUAUGCACAAAGUAAAUGCUGCAAGAUGAGUACAGUUAGAGAUUUACCACCUGUUACCGGUUCUAUUCUUUGGGUUAAACAAAUAGAUUAUCAACUUAAAAUGUACUUAAAACGCGUUGAAGACGUUCUAGGCAAAGGAUGGGAAAGUCAUAUCGAAGGUCAAAAAUUGAAAGCGGAUGGAGAUAGUUUCCGCAUGAAAUUAUCGACUCAGGAAAUUUUCGAUGAAUGGGCGCGUAAAGUACAACAAAGAAAUCUAGGCGUCACCGGGAGGAUUUUUACAAUAGAUAAUGUUCGAUCACGAACAGGCCGUGGCAAUGUACUAAAACUGAAAGUGAAUUUCCUUCCUGAAAUUAUCACGUUGUCAAAGGAAGUAAGAAAUCUGAGAAAUUUUGGUUUCCGUGUACCACUUCCAAUUGUGAAUAAAGCGCACCAGGCCAAUCAGUUAUAUCCAUUUGCGAUAAGUCUAAUUGAGAGCAUCAGAACUUACGAAAGAACAUUGGAGAAGCUUACCAAUCGGAGUCCUCACUGCCCCGCACUAAAGAUCGAAGAUAAGCCCAGUAUCAUACCUUUGGUUGCUGGAAUGCGUAAUGAUGUCUUAUCGCUUAUUUCCGAAGGAAUUGCUCUGAUUUGGGAAAGUUAUAAACUGGAUCAAUACGUGCAACGUCUGUCCGAUGCUGUUGUCUCUUUUCAAGAAAACGUAGAAGAUCUCGUGGUGGUUGAAGAACAAUUAGACGUCGACGUUCGGUCUCUUGAAACAUGUCCAUAUUCGGCAAAUACAUUUGCUGAUAUACUUUCUAAAAUUCAGAAGUCUGUAGAUGAAUUAUCCUUGAAAAAUUACUCGAACUUAACGAUAUGGGUGUCUAGACUCAAUGAAGAAGUGGAAAAGAAUUUAGCAGCUAGAUUAGAAGCUGGAAUAAAAGCUUGGACCAAUGCACUUACUGGUCAAAAGAAAGAAGUGGAUGUAAGUAUGGAUACCGAUGCACCGUCUCAGCCCACUCAUAAACCUGGUGGUGAUCCAAAUAUUCAGAAUCAAAUUCAUGAAGUUCGCAUAACGAAUCAAACAAUGUACUUGUAUCCAAGUAUCGAAGAUGCAAGAUUCCAAAUAAUGCAACAAUUAUUUGCGUGGCAAGCUAUUGUUACCUCCCAAGUUCGACUUCAAAGUUCACGGUAUCAAGUAGGUUUAGAUAAACUUGAGUCGGGUACUUACAGAAAUUUACUUACAAAGUUACCUAGUGGAAAACAGCCUUUGGAAGCAGCAUACGAAGCGGUUGAAUCUAAAAUGAAAGAUGUAGCCGAUUACGUGGAUCAAUGGUUGCGUUAUCAAGCUCUAUGGGACUUACAACCGGAUAAUUUAUAUGGAAAAUUAGGAGAAAAUAUCAACUUGUGGAUGAAGUGUCUAAAUGAUAUUAAAAAAAGCAGAACUACUUUCGAUACAUCGGACACUAGACGUGAAUUUGGUCCUGUUAUUAUCGAUUUUGCAAAAGUGCAAAGUAAAGUAUCUUUGAAAUAUGAUUCAUGGCACAAAGAAACUUUGGGUAAAUUCGGAACACUUCUUGGCAACGAAAUGGCAAGUUUCCAUGUACAAGUAUCGAAAUCCAGAAGCGAUUUAGAACAGCAAUCCAUCGAAGCUGCCAGUACUUCAGAUGCAGUUGGAUUUAUAACAUAUGUUCAAUCUUUGAAACGUAAAAUGAAAGCUUGGGAGAAACAAGUUGACAUAUAUCGCGAGGGUCAAAGAAUAUUGGAGCGGCAGAGAUUCCAGUUUCCAUCGUCGUGGCUGCACGUGGAUAACAUAGAAGGUGAAUGGGGUGCAUUUAAUGAAAUAAUUAAGAGAAAAGACACUAGUAUACAAACACAAGUUGCUUCGCUGCAAAUGAAAAUUGUUGCGGAAGAUAAAGCAGUUGAAAUAAGAACUAACGAUUUUCUAAGCGAUUGGGAAAGGGGCAAGCCAGUCGAGGGCCAUUUACGGCCAGACGAUGCAUUACAACAGUUGCAAUUGUUUGAGAGUAAGUUUGCUAGAUUGAAAGAAGAAAGGGACAACGUAGCAAAAGCUAAGGAAGCUUUAGAAUUGCAAGAACCGGGUGGAGUAUCAACUACCGAAGAUAGAAUGCAAGUGGUGUUCGAAGAACUUCAAGAUUUAAGAGGAGUUUGGUCAGAAUUAUCAAGGAUAUGGGCACAGAUAGAUGAAACUCGAGAAAAACCUUGGUUAUCCGUUCAGCCAAGAAAAUUACGUCAACAGCUAGAUACAAUGAUGGCCCAAUUGAAAGAAUUACCAGCUAGACUGAGACAAUAUUCUUCGUACGAAUAUGUUAAAAAGAUGUUACAAAGUUACACGAAAGUCAAUAUGUUAAUUGUAGAGUUAAAAUCUGAUGCUUUGAAGGAGAGGCAUUGGAAACAAUUAACAAAGCAACUUCGAGUAAACUGGGUACUAAGUGAACUUACUCUUGGUCAAGUUUGGGAUGUAAAUCUACAGAAAAACGAAGGAAUAGUAAAAGACAUUAUUCUUGUUGCUCAAGGUGAAAUGGCACUUGAAGAAUUCUUAAAACAGGUUCGAGAAUCUUGGCAAACGUACGAACUGGAUUUGAUCAAUUACCAAAAUAAGUGUAGAUUGAUUCGUGGUUGGGAUGAUCUAUUUAACAAGGUUAAAGAGCACAUUAAUUCUGUCGCCGCUAUGAAACUCUCACCUUACUAUAAAGUAUUUGAAGAAGAGGCAUUAACAUGGGAAGAAAAAUUAAACAGAAUCAAUGCAUUAUUCGACGUAUGGAUAGAUGUUCAGAGGCGAUGGGUUUAUCUGGAAGGUAUUUUUUCAGGAAGCGCUGACAUUAAAACGUUACUACCCGUUGAAACAUCUCGUUUCCAAAGUAUCAGUUCAGAGUUUUUGGGUUUAAUGAAAAAGGUAUCGAAAUCCCCGAUGGUGAUGGACGUUUUAAAUAUUCCUGGUGUGCAGAGAGCACUCGAACGAUUAGCAGAUUUACUUGGAAAGAUCCAGAAAGCCUUGGGAGAGUAUCUUGAGAGAGAACGUACAUCGUUCCCACGAUUCUAUUUCGUGGGAGAUGAAGAUUUAUUAGAAAUAAUUGGUAACAGUAAAAAUAUUGCAAGACUACAAAAACACUUUAAAAAGAUGUUUGCUGGUGUAGCAGCUAUACUUUUGAACGAAGAUAAUACUGUUAUUACUGGAAUAGCUUCUCGCGAAGGAGAAGAGGUACUUUUCCAAACCCCUGUAUCUACCGUUGAUCACCCAAAAAUUAAUGAAUGGUUGACUCUCGUAGAAAAAGAAAUGAGAGUCACGUUGGCGUCGAGUCUUGCAAGAGCGGUACAAGAUAUCAAACAGUUCAAAGACGGAAAUAUUAAUCCGCAAGCGUUUAUGACAUGGUGCGAUAACUAUCAGGCACAAAUUAUAGUUUUAGCUGCUCAGAUUCUAUGGUCAGAAGACGUUGAAGCUGCUUUACACGAAGCACAAAACGAUCCAAGUAAGAGUCCCUUAGAAAGAGUGUUAUUACAAGUCGAAGGUACAUUAAACGUUUUAGCAGACUCUGUUCUACAAGAACAGCCUCCUUUGAGAAGGAAAAAGCUAGAACAUUUAAUUAACGAAUUUGUACAUAAACGCACAGUAACGAGAAGAUUAAUUGCGAACAAAGUUUCUAAUCCAAAAGCAUUUGAAUGGCUAUGCGAAAUGAGAUUCUAUUUUGACCCAAGACAAACAGAAGUUUUACAACAACUUACGAUACACAUGGCAAACGCCAAGUUCUUUUACGGAUUCGAAUACUUAGGAGUACAAGAUAGAUUAGUUCAAACACCGUUGACCGAUAGGUGCUACUUAACGAUGACUCAGGCCUUAGAAGCUCGUCUCGGUGGUUCUCCAUUUGGACCAGCUGGUACAGGAAAAACUGAGUCAGUGAAAGCUUUGGGUCAUCAAUUGGGAAGAUUUGUGUUGGUAUUUAAUUGCGAUGAAACGUUCGACUUUCAGGCUAUGGGUCGUAUAUUUGUUGGGCUUUGUCAAGUCGGAGCAUGGGGCUGCUUCGACGAAUUUAAUCGUCUGGAAGAGCGUAUGCUUUCGGCUGUUUCUCAACAAGUGCAAACCAUUCAAGAAGCAUUAAAGAGUCAAAUGGAAGGAAAGAAGGAAGGAACGCUUUGCGUAGAGCUGGUUGGAAAACAAGUAAAAGUAUCGACGGACAUGGCGAUAUUUAUUACCAUGAAUCCAGGUUAUGCCGGACGAUCGAACCUUCCCGAUAAUUUGAAGAAACUCUUUAGAUCUUUGGCUAUGACAACUCCUGAUAGACAGUUAAUUGCUGAAGUUAUGCUCUUUAGUCAAGGAUUCCGAUCCGCCGAGAAACUAGCUUGCAAAAUUGUGCCAUUUUUCAAAUUAUGUGACGAACAACUUUCCAAUCAAUCUCAUUAUGACUUCGGUCUUCGAGCACUUAAAUCCGUGCUGAUAUCUGCUGGUAAUGUAAAACGUGAUCGUAUUCAAAAAAUAAAGGAAGGUAUGCAAAAUCGUGGCGAAACUAACAUCGACGAAGCUUCGAUCGCUGAAAAUUUACCAGAACAAGAAAUCCUUAUUCAGUCUGUUUGCGAAACCAUGGUACCGAAAUUAGUCGCUGAAGAUAUUCCAUUGCUAUUCAGUUUACUUAACGAUGUAUUCCCAAAUGUUAACUAUACUCGAGCUGAAAUGAAAGGAUUAAAAGAUCAGAUCAGAAAGGUGUGCAUGGAAGAAUAUCUCGUAUGCGGUGAAGGUGACGAACAAGGAGGAGCUUGGCAAGAAAAGGUGCUUCAACUUUAUCAAAUUUGUAAUCUAAAUCAUGGCUUGAUGAUGGUCGGACCAAGUGGUUCUGGAAAAACAACAGCGUGGAAAGUACUUUUAAAAGCAUUGGAAAGAUUCGAGGGAAUAGAGGGUGUUGCACAUGUAAUCGAUCCUAAAGCUAUCAGCAAGGAAACAUUGUAUGGUGUACUGGAUCAAAAUACACGCGAAUGGACAGACGGUCUUUUCACUCAUAUUCUUAGAAAGAUUAUAGACAACGUAAGAGGAGAGAUUAACAAACGGCAGUGGAUUAUAUUUGAUGGCGACGUUGAUCCAGAAUGGGUUGAAAAUCUAAAUUCUGUACUAGAUGAUAAUAAACUGCUGACAUUGCCGAAUGGUGAACGUCUAAGUUUACCACCGAACGUGCGAGUUAUGUUUGAAGUUCAGGAUCUAAAGUAUGCCACGUUAGCUACUGUUUCUCGUUGCGGCAUGGUCUGGUUCUCCGAAGAUGUACUUUCAACAGAAAUGAUAUUUGAAAACUAUAUGCUACGUUUAAAGAAUAUCCCACUAGAAGAUGGUGAAGAGGACAACCUUAGCAAGAAGGCAACCGAGAAAGAUGAUACAUUGUCACCUGCGUUAUCGGUACAGCGAGAGGUUGCUAGCAUUUUACAAAGUUAUUUUGCUCCAGAUGGAUUAGUAGUGAGAUGCUUAGAGUAUGCCAUGAAACAGGAACAUAUAAUGGACUUUACACGUUUACGUGCACUAAGCUCUUUAUUCUCUAUGUUGAAUCAAGCUGUACGCAAUGUUCUACAAUACAAUCAUUCGCAUACUGACUUUCCUUUGCCAAGUGAGCAAUUGGAGCGUUAUAUGCCAAAGUGUUUAGUAUACGCAUUACUAUGGAGUUUUGCGGGAGAUGCGAAGUUAAAAGUUCGAUCUGAUCUUGGAGACUUUGUUAGAUCCAUCACAACUAUUCCUCUGCCGACACAAAGCAAUAUUCCCAUCAUUGACUUUGAAGUUAGCAUUCACGGCGAAUGGUUACCUUGGAGCAAUAAAGUUCCUCAGAUUGAAGUAGAAACGCAUAAGGUCGCCAGUCCUGACAUCGUUGUACCUACGUUGGAUACCGUAAGACACGAAAGUCUACUUUACACGUGGUUGGCAGAACAUAAGCCAAUAGUACUUUGUGGGCCACCGGGAUCCGGUAAAACAAUGACUCUUUUCUCUGCUUUACGAGCCUUACCUGACAUGGAAGUUGUUGGUCUUAAUUUUUCAUCGGCUACCACACCAGAGCUGCUACUCAAAACUUUUGAUCAUUAUUGUGAAUACCGUAAAACACCAAACGGUGUAGUACUUUCUCCAGUACAAUUGGGCAAAUGGCUGAUUCUAUUCUGUGAUGAAAUCAAUUUGCCCGAUAUGGAUAAUUAUGGGACACAACGUGUAAUUUCAUUCCUGAGACAACUGGUAGAACAUAGGGGUUUCUAUCGAACUAGUGAUCAAGCAUGGGUUACUUUGGAAAGAAUUCAGUUCGUCGGUGCCUGCAAUCCUCCGACAGAUCCGGGUAGAAAACCUCUUAGCCAUAGAUUUUUACGACAUGUUCCGGUGAUCUAUGUCGACUAUCCAGGAGAAACAUCUUUGAAACAAAUCUAUGGAACUUUCACACGGGCUAUGCUUAGGUUGACACCAUCGUUGCGAGGUUAUGCUGAACCUUUAACAAAUGCAAUGGUAGAAUUUUACUUGGCUUCACAAGAAAGAUUUACUCAAGACAUGCAACCACAUUACGUUUAUUCUCCGCGUGAAAUGACUCGUUGGGUGCGAGGAAUUUGUGAAGCUAUAAGACCUCUUGAUAAUUUAUCGGUUGAAGGUCUAGUACGUUUGUGGGCACACGAAGCUCUUCGUCUCUUCCAGGACAGGCUAGUGGAAGAUUCAGAGAGAACCUGGACCAAUAAAAACAUAGAUACCGUUGCUAUGAAGCACUUCAUGAACGUUGACAAAGAGAAAGCAUUAGCUAGACCUAUCUUAUAUAGCAAUUGGCUGUCUAAGGAUUAUGUGCCUGUGAAUAGACAAGAGUUACGAGACUAUGUUAGAGCAAGAUUGAAAGUAUUUUAUGAAGAAGAACUGGAUGUGCCUUUAGUACUGUUUGAUGAAGUACUUGAACAUGUUCUACGGAUUGACAGAAUUUUCCGACAGCCUCAGGGACACUUAUUGCUUAUUGGUGUUUCUGGAGCCGGUAAGACAACGCUGUCUAGAUUUGUUGCAUGGAUGAAUGGCUUAUCCAUAUUCCAAAUAAAGGUUCACAAUAAAUACACUGGCGAAGACUUUGACGAGGAUUUGCGUCAAGUAUUAAGGCGAUCCGGUUGCAAAGACGAGAAAAUAGCAUUUAUACUCGAUGAAUCUAACGUAUUAGAUUCUGGUUUCCUUGAACGUAUGAAUACCUUACUUGCAAAUGGGGAAGUACCUGGUUUGUUUGAAGGCGAUGAAUAUACAACGCUUAUGACACAAUGUAAGGAAGGAGCACAACGCGAGGGUCUUAUGUUGGAUUCAAACGAAGAAUUGUAUAAAUGGUUUACUGGUCAAGUAAUGAAGAAUUUGCACGUCGUAUUUACUAUGAACCCUAGUACGGAUGGACUUAAGGACCGUGCUGCAACAUCACCUGCAUUAUUCAACAGAUGCGUGUUGAAUUGGUUCGGUGAUUGGUCGGAUAACGCGCUCUUCCAAGUUGGCAAAGAGUUUACCAGUCGUGUAGAUUUGGAAAGACCUUCAUGGAAAUAUCCAGAUUUCUUCCCCUCCGUUUGCUCUUUAAUUCCAGCACAACCUUCGCAUAGAGAUGCCGUUAUCAAUGCUUGUGUCUACGUGCAUCAAACGUUGCACAAAGCCAAUGCUAGACUCGCCAAACGUGGCAGUAGAACUAUGGCUAUCACUCCACGUCAUUAUUUGGAUUUCAUCAACCAUUUCGUGAAAUUGUAUCAAGAGAAACGAAGCGAUUUGGAAGAACAACAAUUACAUCUAAACGUUGGUUUAAGUAAAAUCGCCGAAACCGUAGAACAGGUGGAAGAAAUGCAGAAAAGCUUAGCUAUAAAGUCUCAGGAAUUGCACGCUAAGAAUGAAGCUGCAAAUGCAAAAUUGCGACAGAUGGUUAAAGACCAGCAGGAAGCAGAGAAAAAGAAGGUUCAAAGUCAAGAGAUUCAACAGCAGUUGGCGAUACAAACAGUUGCCAUUAACCAAAAGAGAGACGAUGUUAUGGCUGAUCUGGCGCAAGUUGAACCAGCUGUCAUCGAUGCACAAAACGCGGUGAAAUCGAUAAAGAAACAACAUUUAGUCGAAGUUCGGUCCAUGGCGAAUCCGCCGGCGAUCGUGAAGGUUGCGUUGGAGUCUAUCUGCUUAUUGCUCGGUGAAAAUGCCAGUGAUUGGAAAUCUAUCCGCGCUGUCAUCAUGAGGGACAAUUUUAUCAAUACUAUUGUCUCUAAUUUCAGUACCGAGGAUAUUACCGACGAGGUGAGAGAAAAAAUGAAGAGUCGAUAUUUGAGCAAUCCAGACUACAAUUUUGAGAAAGUUAAUAGAGCUAGUAUGGCUUGUGGUCCUCUGGUUAAGUGGGCUACAGCACAGAUCGAAUACGCCGAUAUGUUGAAACGAGUAGAGCCUCUAAGAGACGAGCUUCACUCGUUAGAACGACAGGCUGAAACGAAUAUGCAAAAAGGAGAAGAAGUGAAGAAUUUGAUCGCUCAAUUAGAGCAAAGUAUAGCUUCGUACAAAGAAGAAUACGCUCAGUUGAUAUCUCAAGCGCAAGCCAUCAAAGCGGAUUUGGAAAGCGUACAGGCCAAAGUGGAUCGUUCUAUCGCUUUACUAAAAUCUUUAGUGAUCGAAAGAGAACGAUGGGAAGCAACUAGCGAAACGUUUAAGAGUCAAAUGUCCACGAUCAUCGGGGAUGUCUUAUUGUCAUCUGCUUUCUUAGCCUAUGCUGGAUAUUUCGAUCAACAUUAUCGUCAAAAUUUGUUUAGUACUUGGUGUCAACAUCUGCAACACGCCAAUCUACAGUUUAGACCUGACAUAGCAAGAACAGAGUAUCUUUCGAAUCCUGAUGAACGCUUGAGAUGGCAGGCCAAUGCUUUGCCCACAGAUGAUCUUUGCACCGAAAAUGCGAUUAUGUUGAAACGGUUUAACAGAUAUCCGUUAAUUAUUGAUCCAUCUGGACAAGCAACCGAAUUUAUAAUGAACGAAUUUAAGGACCGAAAGAUUACGAAAACAAGCUUUUUGGAUGACUCCUUCAGAAAGAACCUGGAAAGUGCUUUACGUUUUGGUAAUCCUCUAUUGGUACAAGACGUGGAAAAUUAUGACCCUAUUUUGAAUCCUGUCUUAAACAGAGAAUUAAGAAGAACAGGUGGACGUGUGUUAAUUACACUCGGAGAUCAAGAUAUCGAUCUUUCUCCAUCUUUUGUAAUAUUCUUAUCCACGAGAGAUCCAACGGUAGAAUUCCCACCAGAUAUAUGUUCUCGCGUUACUUUCGUGAAUUUCACCGUUACCAGAAGUUCCCUUCAAAGCCAAUGUUUAAAUCAAGUCCUAAAAGCCGAACGGCCGGACAUUGACGAGAAGAGAUCCGAUCUGUUAAAAUUGCAAGGCGAAUUCCAUCUAAGGUUGAGACAGCUCGAGAAAUCUUUGCUGCAAGCAUUGAACGAUGCCAAAGGAAAGAUACUCGACGAUGAUUCUGUAAUAACUACGCUUGAAACCCUGAAGCAGGAAGCGGCUGAUAUUAGUAAGAAGGUCGAAGAAACGGAUAAAGUUAUAGCGGAGAUCGAAACAGUUUCUCAACAAUACAUGCCUUUGUCUCAAGCUUGCUCGAAUAUAUACUUCACGAUGGACAGUCUGAAUCAAGUACACUUCUUAUACCAAUACUCUUUGAAAAUGUUCCUGGAUGUUUUUACGUCCGUCUUGUCUCAAAAUCCAAGGCUAACGAAUAUAUCGGAACACACGCAGAGAUUGUCAGUCAUUACCAGUGAUUUGUUCUCUGCCUGUUACGAACGCGUUGCUCGUGGAAUGUUACACACGGACAGGUUAACAUUCGCAUUAUUAUUGUGCAGAAUACAUUUGAAAGGUAUCGCCACGGAAUCUACUUAUGAUAGUGAAUUCACGUUCUACUUGCGUGGAAAAGAGGGUGUGCUGAACAUUCGAGGACCUAUUGUACCUAAUUUAAGCUCGGAACAACAAGAAGCUAUGAUGCGCUUAAGUUUGAGACUUCCCGCUUUCAAGAAAUUGGCCGAAAAGGUUCAGGAAAAUACAGAAUUCAACUCGUGGCUACAAUCACCAACUCCUGAAACGUGUGUACCAAAACUUUGGGACGAAGAAAAACCAUUGACACCAACAGGAACAGCCAUGCAUCAGCUGCUGAUAAUUCAAGCAUUUAGACCGGAUCGUGUGAUAGCUGCUGCUUCGUUAGUCGUUACUUCCGCCUUGGGAGAAUCCUUCAUGGCCGCCGCAGAAUCGGAACUCGAUUUUGCUUCGGUCGUUGAAAACGAACUGAAGGCAAACGUGCCUGCUUUACUUUGUUCUGUGCCAGGCUUCGAUGCUUCUGGCCGGGUCGAUGAUUUGGCAGCUGAAUCUGGUAAACAAAUUGCCAGUAUCGCGAUAGGAUCAGCGGAAGGUUUCAAUCAAGCCGAUAGAGCGAUAAAUAUGGCUGUUAAAGCUGGUAGAUGGGUAUUAUUGAAAAAUGUUCAUUUAGCACCACAAUGGUUGGUACAACUCGAAAAGAAGCUACACAGCUUACAGCCGCAUGCCAGUUUUAGACUGUUUCUGACUAUGGAGAUCAAUCCAAAGGUACCGGUAAAUCUACUCAGAGCUGGUAGAAUAUUCGUUUUCGAACCACCUCCUGGCAUUCGAGCGAAUUUAUUGCGUACAUUCAGCACUGUACCUGCAUCGCGAAUGAUGAAGGCUCCGAACGAAAGGGCCAGACUUUAUUUCCUCUUGGCGUGGUUCCACGCGAUCGUUCAAGAACGUCUUCGAUAUGCGCCUUUAGGAUGGGCAAAACAUUACGAGUUCAAUGAAAGCGAUUUAAGAGUAGCUUGCGACACUUUGGAUACAUGGAUAGAGACUACUGCUAUGGGCAGAACUAAUCUUCCACCGGAGAAGGUGCCUUGGGAUGCCUUGGUUACUUUGCUUUCACAAUGUAUAUAUGGUGGUAAAAUCGAUAAUGAUUUCGAUCAGCGUCUGUUGGCAUCGUUCCUUCGAAAACUCUUCACUCCACGAUCUUUCGAAGCAGAUUUUGCGUUGGUUGCUAAUAUCGACGGUUUGCAAGGAAAUCAAAGACACAUCACCAUGCCGGAUGGUACCAGACGCGAUCAUUUCCUCAAGUGGAUCGAAUCGCUAUCCGACAGACAGACACCUUCCUGGCUUGGUUUACCGAACAAUGCAGAAAAGGUUUUAUUAACAACUAGAGGAACGGAUUUAGUGUCAAAAUUACUUAAAAUGCAGCAACUAGAAGACGAGGAUGAAUUGGCAUACUCUAACGAAGAAUCUCUGGAUACGCCUCGAGAAGCAGAGGCUGAUGGUCGACCAUCUUGGAUGAGAACAUUACAUAAUUCGGCUUCUACGUGGUUACAAUUACUUCCAAAGAAUCUGGCUACACUCAAGAGAACCGUGGAAAAUAUCAAAGAUCCUCUGUACAGAUACUUUGAAAGAGAAGUUAACAGCGGUGCUAAAUUACUGCAAGAUGUAAUUCAUGACUUGGAAGAUGUCGUUUUAAUUUGUCAGGGUAAAAAGAAGCAGACCAAUUACCACAGAAUCAUGUUAUCAGAAUUGGUAAAAGGUAUUUUACCCGGUGGUUGGAGACGGUAUACUGUACCAAGAGGAUGCACCGUUAUCCAGUGGAUAACAGAUUUUAGUCACAGAGUAUCGCAAUUGCAAGAAGUAUCGCGACUAGUAUCUCAAGGAGGAGCUAAAGAAAUUAAAAGUUUCCCCGUUUGGCUCGGUGGAUUACUGAAUCCUGAAGCGUAUAUCACGGCGACGAGACAAUGUAUAGCACAAGCCAAUAGUUGGUCUCUCGAGGAACUACAAUUGGACGUAACUAUAGGAGAUGGGGAUAACAUUGCAACGGACGAUUGCUCGUUUGCUGUUACUGGCCUGAAAUUGCAAGGAGCACAGUGCAAAGAUAAUCAGCUGUAUUUGACUUCGACCAUAAUGACCGAUUUACCAGUUACCAUGUUGCGGUGGAUACGGUCUAACAGCGAUGACGUACGAAAAGGCAAAUUGUCCUUACCCGUUUAUCUGAACAGCACGCGUACCGAAUUACUAUUUACCGUUGAUUUAAAUAUUGCUCCUAGUCAAGAUCCUCACAGUUUCUACGAAAGGGGAGUUGCUGUUCUUACAUCUACUGCUUUGAAUUAAUACUUUAUGAAUUAGCUAAUUGUAUCGUCUUCAAAAGCGAGUCUUUUGAACGCAAUUUAACAUAUAACGAUAUAAAAUUACUUUGACACAACUUAAUAUCGAUAGAAUUUAGGGAUGGGCAAACGAAUUUCUGAUAGGUAGUUUUUCGUAUUUCCAUAUAUAGUGUAAAGUUUCUUGAGAUAUUUAUUUAUCUAUUCAUUUUUAAUUAUUUAUGAAGCUACAAUUUCAGGCAUCCUGAAUUUCGUUUAACUAGAGUAGUAUGUCUUUUUAACGCUAUCAGUCGCGUAGUCGAUCGUCGACAGAAAAGGUUUGCCCAUUUCUCUUAACGUACUAAGUACACAUAUGGUAAAGAAAAUUAUUUAACGCUUCAGAUAGUUUUUUUCUGCACAUCAUUUUUUUCGUGCAAUGAAAUGAACUACCCUAUAAUUAGCAUAAUUGAAAAGGAUGCAAGACAUCUGUUUCGAAGUCAAUGUUUCGAUGAUCAGAUUGUAACAUAUAUAGUUUAUUUAGUUUUGUAUACGUUCAAAAUUGAAACAUUGCUUUCUGUAACAAAGUUAUACUGUGUUUGCUUACAUGUAAGUACUAAAGUACUAUAGAAUUUACAUUAUUUGAAUGGCAUCUAAUAAUAAAAAAGGAAACUUAUUAAACACUA